CUUGCCUUAUAUAGCGAGGGGUCCUCGGCGGCCUGGGUGGCUUCUGCCCGUGCUGCUGUCGUAGACGCGGGCGGCUGUUAGUGCGGCGGCUGCUGGUUCGCGGCGGCAGCGGCGGCGGAGGCUGAGGGCGAGGCGACGGGGAGAAGCGGCGGCGGGCGCGGCAGCGACGGCGGUGCCCGGGGUCCGCGGCGGCGGCGGCGGCAGCGAAGGGGGCGAAGAUGGCGGACGUGCUCAGCGUCCUGCGACAGUACAACAUCCAGAAGAAGGAGAUCGUGGUCAAGGGAGACGAAGUCAUCUUCGGGGAGUUCUCCUGGCCCAAGAACGUGAAGACCAACUAUGUAGUUUGGGGGACUGGAAAGGAAGGCCAACCCAGAGAAUACUACACAUUGGAUUCUAUCUUAUUUCUACUUAAUAAUGUACACCUUUCUCAUCCUGUUUAUGUCCGACGUGCAGCUACUGAAAAUAUUCCUGUGGUUAGAAGACCUGACCGAAAAGAUCUACUUGGAUAUCUCAAUGGGGAAGCAUCAACAUCAGCCAGCAUCGAUAGGAGUGCACCCCUGGAAAUAGGCCUUCAGCGGUCCACUCAAGUCAAAAGAGCUGCAGAUGAAGUUUUAGCAGAAGCAAAGAAACCACGAAUUGAGGAUGAAGAGUGUGUGCGUCUUGAUAAAGAGAGAUUGGCAGCUCGUUUGGAAGGCCAUAAAGAAGGAAUUGUACAGACUGAACAGAUUAGGUCUUUGUCUGAAGCCAUGUCAGUGGAAAAAAUUGCUGCAAUCAAAGCCAAAAUUAUGGCUAAGAAAAGAUCUACUAUCAAGACUGAUCUAGAUGAUGAUAUAACUGCCCUUAAACAGAGGAGUUUUGUGGAUGCUGAGGUAGAUGUGACCAGAGAUAUUGUCAGCAGAGAGAGAGUGUGGAGAACAAGAACAACUAUCUUACAAAGCACAGGAAAGAAUUUUUCCAAGAACAUUUUUGCAAUUCUUCAAUCUGUAAAAGCCAGAGAAGAAGGGCGUGCCCCUGAACAGCGGCCUGCUCCAAAUACAGCCCCUGUGGAUCCUACUUUGCGUACAAAGCAGCCUAUCCCAGCGGCCUACAACAGAUAUGACCAGGAGAGAUUCAAAGGCAAAGAAGAAACGGAAGGCUUUAAGAUUGAUACUAUGGGCACAUACCAUGGCAUGACACUGAAAUCUGUAACGGAAGGUGCAUCUGCCCGUAAGACUCAAACUCCUGCAGCCCAGCCUGUACCUAGACCAGUUUCUCAAGCAAGACCGCCCCCAAAUCAGAAGAAAGGAUCACGAACGCCCAUUAUUAUUAUCCCUGCACCUACCACUUCUUUAAUAACUAUGCUUAAUGCAAAAGACCUUCUACAGGAUCUAAAGUUUGUCCCAUCAGAUGAAAAGAAGAAACAAGGUUGUCAACGAGAAAAUGAAACACUAAUACAGAGAAGAAAAGAUCAGAUGCAACCAGGGGGCACAGCAAUUAGUGUCACGGUACCUUAUAGAGUAGUAGACCAGCCCCUGAAACUUAUGCCUCAAGACUGGGAUCGGGUUGUAGCUGUUUUUGUUCAAGGUCCUGCUUGGCAGUUCAAAGGUUGGCCAUGGCUUCUACCCGAUGGAUCACCAGUUGACAUAUUUGCUAAAAUUAAAGCCUUCCACCUCAAGUAUGAUGAAGUUCGUCUAGAUCCAAAUGUUCAAAAAUGGGAUGUAACAGUAUUAGAACUCAGCUAUUAUAAGCAUCAUUUGGAUCGACCUGUUUUCUUACGUUUCUGGGAAACAUUGGAUAGAUACAUGGUAAAGCAUAAAUCCCACCUGAGAUUCUGAAUCAUUUGAUUCCUCCUUUUCUGAAAACUUGGUUUAAGAAGCAUGGAUAUAGCUUGAUCUACAGACUGAAACCCAAGCUUUAUGAAUUCAUCAAGAACUUGCAAAUGAAGAAGGCCACAGAGCAGUCUUUUAUAAGACCUUGUUUGAUGCUGUGUGCUUCAAAGGGGCAUUUCCUCCCAUCCAUACAAGCCAACUUUUUUGGCUUACAACUAUUUUUUUAAUAUUAGCCUUCUAGUCUGUAAUGGAAAUUGUAUAUUUUGAUAGAAGCUUUUUCUCUAUUGGUUAAAUUAGCAUUACUUAAAAUUUGUUUCUUUAGAAAUAAAUGCAGGUUAUAAAUGUGUGUAUAUUUAGAAGUUAUUAGGCUCUCUAAGCCAUCUUGCUUCUGAUUUUUCAUUGCUCUAUGAUUCCUUUUACUGGAAAAUACUCUCAUGAAUGGUUUUAAAUUUUAGAGUCUAGAACUUCAAAACCCCACCAAAGGGAAGUAAUUAUUAAAUCAGUU